GACUUCCUUUGCAUUCUGGUCCAGGCACCCAGUAGGAACUCGAGUAGACAGUCAAUCGGCCGGAUGUCCUUAUUAAGCGGUCUCCAAUUGAUUGCCUGGUACGUCCUCCGUCGGUGUUCUCCACCUUCCACGAGUUUUGUUCUUUUCUUCCAUGAUCCUUGAUCAAAUCCUGGUCGCUGGCUCGCUGGGACUCCACUUUGCAAUUCAAUUGUGCAGAGCGCCUAGUCAUCAGUCCCAUGUCUUGUGCCGCCGGUACUGGUAGUUUUCCAUACAAUACACAUACAAUAACAAUACACACACAAUACAAUGCAGACCACUACUUCGUGCUAGCUGGGUAGGCAGCUGUUCUUCCCAAGCUCCUUCGAGAGAAUCACGAUCCCAAUAUUGGAAUUUCGCGCGGAAAUCGUAUCAUAUCAUAUCAUUAAAAUUACAACAAACGAUCCAACGCACACCACACUACGAUAUCAUCAACUCCAUCUGUACCCCUUUCAUCGAAGCCCCAUUCACCAGACUCGGACUUCACCAUGUCUAUCGCUAUCGCUAUCUCUACUUCGACGGUUCACGAACUUACCCUGGAAAUCGAUCAGCUGUUAGAACAAUACCUUCAACUUUUGGAUCAAUACAGUGCUCUAAGAUCUAAGCUCUCCGCGCUGUCUUCAUCGAUGUACAUUAGUUUAUCCCGAGCCAAUUUUACGCCGCAAAAUGGAAUGCGUUAUGAUACCUCUUUCUAUGAUGAUCGUAUCCACGCACAGAGGUUGUGCAGUGUAACGAUCCCCGAAAACGCCUCGAAUACACAGUCGACAAAACUUGCCCCUCCUCUAUUCGCCAUUAACGAAACCUCUACUUCGGGAUCGGAAUCGGACCUUUUGAACAAAGAUGCAAACGGCGACGAUGACACGAAAACUGCUCUCAAGAAGGACCCAUUAAGAAUGUUUGGGCUUUUCACCCCGCAGGCUUUAAAGGAUACAAAGGAAGAUAGUAUCAAGAUGAUGGAUGUCAUUCCGAAAUUGGUUAAUACCGAGAAAGCUAUGGAAGAUCUCGAAAUUCGGAUACGAAGGGCUAGGAAGUACAGAGGGAAGGCAGAAAUCGAGGGAAAAAAGAAUCUACCAGCUGAAGCAAAUCGCAAGCCCAUCAAUCCUAUCUAAAAAAGUUACAGUACAACAGUACAGUUGGACAUUAAAUGCUCGGCGAUCAGAUAAAAAUGUACGUUCGUGGAACGGAAAAAGAUGAUGCGCAGUAUACUUAUCCAUUUCAACGCACAUUUCUGUGCAGGCAACGAAUAUGGAAAUAACAGGACAAGCA